AUGGAGUACGCGGGGGUUGGGGCGGGAGGCAUGGAGGAGGGCAUGGAGGAGGGCAUGGUGCAGCUGCAGCAGCGGCUGAGGUCAGCUGAGGCCAAGGCGGAAGAGGUGCUGCUGGUGAAGCAGGAGGUAAGCGAGGGAGAUUCACUGCUUUUGGGUGGGAAGUUCACCUCUCCCUCUUGCUCCACUGCUGCCGGGGUUGCACAUCACAGAUGCUGUGCCUCUGCUGCCGUUCCCCUUGCUGUCCUCUCUCACGUCCAACCCCUCCCCUUCACCUCUCACAUCCACCGCGCCGCCCCACUCUCCCCGCUUGCCGCCCAUCCAUUUACCACUCACACACGCCCCUCCCAUCCCCAUCUGGUGGAUACGGACAGACAGGCAGCACACUGCCCUACUGGCAUGCUGACCAACCCUCUCGCUCUCCCCCUCUUCCAUUCACUCAUCUCAUCCCCUCAUUGCGUCUGGAUCGCCGGUGCAAAGCGCAAUGCAGGCAGGGAGGCAGUCACGCUCUGCGCAGCAACUUUCCCUCCACCCUCUGCCCUUCGCUUAUCGUAUCCGCUCUCUCCUUCCCUUCCUCUCAGCUGGUGGAUCUGGAUCGCCAGCGCAAUGCGGGCAGGGAGGCUGUUACAGCGCUGUGCUGGCCCUCUUGUCCCCCCCUGCCCCCCACUUACCCCCUUAUUCUCAUUUCCAUCCCCUCCCAUCCCUCCCCCCCAGCUAGUGGAUCUGGACCGGCAGCGCAAUGCGGGCAGGGAGGCCAUCACGGCGCUCAAGAAGCAUGCCAGGGGGGCGGCUGCCAGGAGAGCAGGGGGGCGCAGGGAGGGGGGCUCUGGAGGAGGUGCUGCUGGGGAAGGUGUAUCUGUAGAGGCGCACAGGCCACUUGUAACCCCCAUGCCUGCGGUGCCAGGUGGCACGUCAGGAUUGGUUGGAAGUUCAGAAUGUGCGGUGUGUGGUGCGGUGGGGCAGAAGGAGCGAGUGUGGGUGGCGAUGGGUGGAGGGGAGAUGUUUGUUCGCUUGCCGCUGCACCAUGCGCAUGUGCAUGUGAAGCGAGCAGGCAUUGACCGCAUGGGCGAGCAGAUGGAGGAGGGGAGGGAGAAGCAGAAGGUGGCAGUGAGGCAGCUCACGGAGGAGGGUGGGCUGGCAGGCCGUGUUGGGGAGGGCAUAGUGCAUGCACUCACAACGUUGAAGGAUGCAAGUAAAUAG